AUGCCCUACACGAUAGGCAUUCCCCCCGAGGACACCUCGCCCAGCGAAACCGACCCCCUGCUCAGCGCGCAAAACAACCACACCGGCACAGUCGUGCGUGUGGGAAACGCUCAACAUGGCGACGACACCGCCGCAGAAGGCAAUGACGACGACAAUGCAGCCACGCCGUCCACGCCGAAACUCUUCGCCAUCAUGGCCUCAACGUGGAUCGGCGUCUUCUUCGCCGCCCUGGACACGACCAUCGUGGCGACCCUGACGGCGCCCAUCUCCAGCUCGUUCGACUCCUUGUCUCUCCUCUCCUGGCUGGCGACAGGCUACCUGAUCGCCAACGCGGCGUGCCAGCCACUAAGCGGUAAACUGACAGACAUCUUCUCACGCCGGUGGGGACUGCUGUUCAGCAACGUCUUCUUUGGCGCCGGCACGCUGGUGUGCGGCCUGGCGCCUAACGCGGGGGCCAUUAUCGCUGGGCGAGUCAUCGCCGGCGUGGGAGGCGGCGGCCUCACCUGCAUCACCACGUACAUUACGUCGGAUCUGAUCCCCUUGCGCCGGAGGGGGCUGUGGCAGGGGUACGGUAACCUGGUGUACGGGCUCGGCAUGGGGCUUGGGGGUCCCAUUGGGGGUGUUCUCUCGGACAACCUUUCGUGGCGCUGGGCGUUUUUGCUCCAGGUGCCGUUUAUCGUCGUGAGCACGGUGUUGGUGUUUUUCCUGGUGGAUAUCAAUGUUCAGGAGCGUGCCAAUGCAAAUGAGAAUGGGGAUGCGCAUCCGCAGCAGAGGCAAGAUGGUGCGGAUGGCAACGGGAACGUGGACGGGAACGGCAGUGCCACUGCCAGUACCAAUACAAAGUCGCGCCUCUCCCGGAUCGACUUCCUAGGCAGCGCCUUCCUGGUCGGCAGCCUCGUCCUGCUCCUCCUCGGCCUCAACACGGGCGGCAACCAAUUCCCCUGGAGCCACCCGGUCGUGAUCGCCUCGCUCGUACUCUCGGCCGUCACGCUCGGCGUGUUUAUCUACGUCGAAUCGUCCCUCCCGCGCUGGGUGCCCGAGCCGAUCCUCCCCGUCGCGCUGAUCGGGCGCACGCGCACCGUCCUCGCCGCCUGCCUGGCCAACUGGUUCGGCACCAUGGCCGCCUUUCUAGCCAUCUACUACGUCCCACUAUACCUGCAGAUCCGGGGCCUGUCGGCCACGGCGGCCGGGUUGCGCGUCGUGCCCCUCGCGGCCGCCACCUCGGCGGGGAGCUUGCUCAGCGGGCUGAUCAUGCGCGCCACGGGCCGGUACUACCUGCAGAUGGUGGGCGUCAUGGUCGUCUUCGUCGCGGGCUCGGGGUUGAUCUGCACGUUUGGCCUCGCCACGCCCGCUUGGGAGACCUUUGUGUUCCCAGUGCCUCUGGGGUUCGCGUACGGCGGCAUGCUGACCAUCACGCUAGUGGGUAUGAUUUCCAGUGUCGCACAUGAGCACCAGGCCGUCAUCACCGCCGCGUCGUAUGCGUUCCGCUCGACCGGCUCGACCAUCGGCAUCACCAUUGCGGGCGCUGUGUUUCAAAAUAUUCUGACAAAGGAGCUGCGUGCAGAGUAUGGUGGCGUGGAAGGAAGUGAGCGCGUCAUCCGCCGGCUCAAGGACAGUCUGGACGGGAUGAAGCAUCUUCCCCAGGGGUGGGACAAGGAUGUCGUUCUGGGUAUAUAUAUGGAUGCUCUGAGGGGUGCGUUUAUCUCGGGCUUGGGUCUGGCUGUGUUGGCUGCGCUCGCUGGGUUGGGCAUGAAGGAGCAUAUCUUGCACAAAAACCUGGCGAGGAAAUAG